GAGUGGUACCCUGUCAGGAAGUUGGGGAGUCACUUCGGCAUGGAUCAGUUAAGCCAAGAGGCCUGCCUGGCUUCCUGCUGGGGUUGGGGGGAGACUACCCUGCUGAUUGGCCAGGAGGCCACGGAGCUUUGUGAGGUCAUGGCCUGCAUGCCAGGCUGGGGCAGGAGUAUGGUGGAGAUGCUGCCAACUGCCAUUCUGCUGGUCUUGGCAGUGUCUGUGGUUGCCAAAGAUAACUCCACGUGUGAUGGCCCCUGUGGGUUGCGGUUCAGGCAGAACCCUCAAGGGAGCUCGAGAGUGAUCGGAGGGCAUGUGGUGCAGAAUGGGGCCUGGCCCUGGAUGGUCAGCCUUCAGGUCUACCAGCCCCACAACAACCGCAGGUACCACUCGUGUGGAGGAUGCCUGCUGAAUUCCCACUGGGUGCUUACAGCUGCUCACUGCUUUGACAACAAGAAAAGAGUCUAUGACUGGAGACUGAUUUUUGGAGCACAGGAAAUUGAAUAUGGGACAAACAUGCCAGUGAAUGAUCCUCUGCAGGAGAGAUAUGUGGAGAGAAUCAUCAUCCACGAAAAAUACAACAUUGUGACCGAGGGGAACGACAUUGCUCUCUUGAAGGUCACCCCUCCUGUUCCAUGUGGGCCUUUCAUUGGGGUAGGCUGCCUGCCCAAUUUUAAGGCAGGCCCUCCCAAAGUCCCCCAGACCUGCUAUGUGGCUGGCUGGGGAUACAUAAAGGAGAAGGCCCCCAGGCCGUCGCCUGUGCUGAUGGAGGCUCGUGUGGACCUCAUUGACCUCGACCUGUGUAACUCGACCCAGUGGUACAAUGGGCGUGUCACGUCCAGCAACGUGUGCGCAGGGUAUCCCGAAGGCAAGAUCGACACCUGCCAGCGGCGGGCCUCUCAUGUGCAGAGACAACGACCAAAGCCCCUUUGUUAUCGUGGGGAUCACGAGCUGGGGGGUAGGCUGUGCCCGCGCUAAGCGCCCUGGAAUCUACACGGCCACCUGGGACUAUCUGGACUGGAUCGCGUCCAAGAUCGGUCCUAACGCCCUGCACAUGAUUCAGCCGGCCACCCCACCUCCUCCCACUCGACCUCGGCCUCCGCCCCGACCCAUCUCCCGGCCGCCCU